AUGUGCCUCCAGCUUGCCGACCGUUCGAUACGAUAUCCCAGGGGGUUAGUGGAAGACGUGCUUGUUCGUGUGGGGAAGCACAUUGCCCCCGUGGACUUUGUUAUUCUCGACGUGGGAGAAGUGCACGAGAACGGGAAGGAUCACACAAUCCUUCUAGGAAGACCAUUCAUGGCUACCACUAACACACUCAUUGAUGUGAAGAACGGGACGCUAAACAUGACGGUUUUGGGUGAGUCCGUAUCCAUCUCUGUCCGGGACGCCACAUCCGCAUCUUCGGUGAAUUUUGUGGAGGAGUGUGCAUUUGUUGAUAUAACCGACCCGUUCAUCGAAGAGAUAGCCAAACGAGAAUGGGAGACGAGACACAUGCCCGACUUUGAUGAUGAAAAAGAACCGACCAUCGAUCUUUUUGAAGCCAACCAGUUCCAAACACAACCGACCCUAGAACUCAAAGAAUUACCUCAACACCUCAAGUAUGUAGUCAUUGCUGAUAAAAAACAAAAGCCGGGAGAGCUACUUGAAGUGCUCCGGAAGAAUCAAAGAGCUAUCGGGUGGGGCCUCAGAGACCUUAGAGGCAUUAGCCCCUCCACGUGCAUGCACCGGAUCGUCUUAGAAGAAGGUGCUAAAUCAUUUCGGGAUAGCCAACAGCGGCUAAACCCAAACAUGAUGGAAGUGGUAAAGACGGAAAAUCUCAAGCUUUAUUCCGAAGGGAUUAUUUUCCCGGUGGCCGAUAGCGAGUGGGUUAGCCCCAUUCAUGUGGUGCCUAAGAAUGGAGGCAUUACCGUUAUUGAGAACGAGAAGAAGGAGAUGAUCCCCACUCGUAUCACUACUGGGUGGAGAAUGUGUAUUGACUAUCGGCGACUCAAUGCCAUGACAAAGAAGGACCAUUUCCAGCUGCAGUUCAUCAACCAAAUUCUCGACCGUCUCUCCGGCCACCAAUUCUAUUGCUUCCUAGAUGGACUUUCCGGCUACCAUCAAGUAGUCAUAGCACCCGGGACCAACCAAAGACCACAUUUACAUGCCCAUUCAGCACAUUUUCCUUUAGACACAUGCCUUUCGGACUCUGCAACGCACUCGGAACCUUACAAAGAAGUCGAUAAAGCGAAGGUUGAUGUGAUUGAAAAAUUACCCCCUCCCGUGAAUGUGAAAGGUGCUAGGAGCUUCUUGGGUCAUGCUGGUUUUUAUAGGCGAUUCAUCAAAGACUUUUCAAAAAUUAGCCAACCAUUGUGUCACUUGCUUGCUAAUGAUGUGCCGUUUGUGUUUGAUGAUGCAUGUUUAGAUGCUUUCGAUAAAUUGAAAAAUAACCUUCACUACAAGAAAUCUGUCAAAAAUAGGCGUGUGAGCUGUCGGCCUGAAGUCGGGGCGUUGGCUCCCUAUUCUCUCACUAGUGGAGGUGGCCAAUGGCAGGUGGUGGGUAUGGUGGUGGGCUUCGAUCUCCUGGGUUUUCCGUGGCAUGCAGAUGAGGUUCCAAUUGUUGGUUUUGGAACUAAAUCUUGCGCCAUUGAUGACGUAUGCCACUUGGUGCUCGAAAUCGUCGGCGAUGACAAGGACGGAGGCGGAGAUCGGUUAUCUGGAGGUCGACUAGUCGGUGGAGGUCUGCAGCAUGGGGGAGCAAGUGGUGUGGUCGAGGGACAGCCACUUUUCGAUGGAGGUCCGGUCGUCGAUCACGCCGGUGCAGAGUUUCUCUCUUUCAUGAAACAGAUGCGGAGCCACGAGAUGCUGGCCAAGUUCCUCCAAGCCGCAGAUGGAGAUGCUGAUCUACGACAUCGACAACAUUGGGGCUUCUUAAACUGCCACGUUAGCAGAAAUGGGAGUCGUGGUAUCAGAGGAUCGGUAAAGUGCCCAUCCGGCUCUAGACCCUUGAGACACCUACUCGGAUCACCACCUGGUGCUAUAGUUCACGUGCACGCCAAUUGUGUCAACGUAGUACAUCGACCAGCUCAAGUACCAAGCAAUGCAGAUAGUGGUGGCAAAAAGUUGUCACGGGCUGAGCCCCCGCUUAUAGUGGAGACAGUCGAGUACAUGCUCGACGUGGAAUACAACAUGUUAAGCCUCAGGAGGAGCAAGGAUGAGGCAUGA